CGUCAGAAGGAUUAUUUGAAACUCUCUCACACAGUCAAGACACAGCGAGAUUGAUUUGAGCAUUGUUCUGAGUAAGUGUGGAGACCUGAGAUCACCUGGUAAUUUCAAUCCCUCAGGAUGUGGAGGCGGGCUUCCUCUCAGCUCCAAACCCUAGUGCCAUGGCGAUCUUCUCUGAAUUUCAACCGCUCCGUCAUCGCCGGAGAGCGAACGCUACCAAAUCGAGCCCUCAGUUUUGCGCCUUCGCCUUACCCGUUCCAGAGAACUGCCCCUCUUUUCUCUAAUCAGGCCAUUUCUGAUGCCGACACUAUUUUAUCUAAGGAAAAGAAGAGAGUGGAAGAUGUAAUGCCUAUCGCUACCGGGCAUGAGCGGGAGGAGCUGGAGGCGGAGCUUGAGGGGCGGGAUGUUCUGGAAAUUAAUCACCCUAUUGGUCCUUUUGGCACCAAGGAAGCACCUGCUGUUGUCAAGUCAUACUAUGACAAGAGAAUUUUUGGAUGUCCUGGAGGUGAAGGCGAGGAUGAACACGAUGUUGUUUGGUUUUGGCUGGAGAAAGGCAAGCCACAUGAGUGCCCUGUGUGUGGUCAAUAUUUCGAGCUAGAAGUGGUCGGUCCAGGAGGACCACCGGAUGGGCAUGGAGAUGAUGAUCACCAUUGAUGCAGUGUGGAACUUUCCUGCCGGAAUAACAUCUGGUAAGAUGCUGAGAUGGUUUCUUUUAUACAUUGUAGCUACAAACGGUUCUGUGUUUGUUUAGGUGGAUCUUUAGUUCCCUUGCAUGUGUCCGACCAUAUUUGGGUCACUGAAUUUUUGUUUCAUGGCUUGAUAACCCUUUAGAGGUUUAAAGUUUUUAGCCUCGUAGAUGCAUCAUCGAAUAAUUGUUGGCUAUAUUUUGUUUGUUUCUUCAUUUAAAUCACUUCCCUGUCAAUCUAAGGGAAAGUACAAAUUUCUUUAAUGUCAAUUUAAGGAGAGUUUGUUAUAAUACAAUCCAGGUUCCUGAU